AUGAGCAACAGAAGCAUUUUAAAAACUGAUUUAGUUGCAAUAAAUUAUGAGAGCAAUACAAAAUGGUGCUACGGUUACAGAAUUACCAUUUUUUCAGGAUUACAGGGUUUGCCAAAUUGACUUAUACACAGCACCAGAUGGACUGGGAGUUGUAACUUCAUUUUUUGAUGAUACUGAAGAAACGGGUAUAUUUGGUACAACACAGAAGACUUGUUCUAUGAAAGUACAUUGGGGCAUAUGGCUAAUUUAUGAAGAACCUGGUUUUCAGGGAAUUCCUUUAAUGUUGGAACCUGGUGAAUAUCCUAACUUAGCAUUUUGGGAGAAGAAGGAAGCAUACAUUAGGUCCUUGAAACCCUUGAAAAUGGGUGGCCGCAAAGUUGAAUCUAUUGAAGAGCCAAAGAUCAUCAUUUAUGAGGAGCCUUUCUUCACAGGGAAGCACAUGACACUGGCAUCAGAAAUACUCUCUCUUACUGAGGAAGAAAAGGAAAAAGAAGAAUCUGGAGAAACUAAGGCACUGCCAUUUUCAUCAGUGGGGUCUGUAAAAGUGUUGGAAGGAAUUUGGGUUGCUUAUGAGAAACCAGGAUUUGCAGGUCAUCAGUAUUUUCUGGAAGAAGGAGAGUACCAGGAAUGGAAAGAUUGGGGUGGUUACAGUGAAGAGCUUCAGUCGCUGCGACCUAUUCUAGGUGAUGUCUCAAAUCCCCAUAUGAUAAUGUACAGUGAAAAAGACUUUGGGACUAAAGGUCCCAAUAUAAAUGUGUUAGGAAUUAUUUCCAAUUUGAAAGACACUGGAUAUGGACUGAGGACCCAAUCCAUACAUGUGUUGAGUGGAGUGUGGGUGCUCUAUGAGAAUCCUGACUUCACAGGAGAGCAGUACAUACUUGAUAAAGGACUGUAUCCCAGCAUUGAGGCCUGGGGGGCCAAGAAUAGUAAGAUCUCUUCAGUUCAGCCCAUAGUUGCAGAUACCAUUGGUAGCCAAAUGGGGAAAUUCAAGGUCCAGCUAUUUUCAGAGCCAGAAUUCAAAGGUGACAGUCAAAUAUUUGAGAAAAAUACCAGUUAUAUUGAUGAUUCAUUUGCUACAAAGUCUUCAAAAGUGUUGGGUGGCAAUUGGAUUGCUUAUGAUAAAGAAGAUUUCUGUGGUAAUCAGUAUGUGUUAGAAGAAGGAGCCUAUCCUAAUCUUUCUGCAAUGGGAUGUGCACCCCAAACAAGCCUUAAAUCUCUACGAGUUAUAAACAUUGAGCUUUCUGAACCAUGCAUAGCCCUCUUUGAAAAGGAAGGUUUCAAAGGGAAGAAAAUGGAGUUCACGGCGGAAGUCUUAAAUCUCCAGUUCCUAGGAUACAAUCCUCAAGUAGCUUCUGUUGAAGUUUUUGGUGGCACAUGGAUAAUCUAUGAAUACAGUAAUUACAGAGGGCAUCAGAUGUUGUUGUCACCAAAUAAAAUCUCAGACUGGCCUAAAUUAAGUGGCUAUCACCAGAUAGGUUCUCUGCGACCUUUAUUACAGAAACGUGUAUACUUCAAACUUCGAAACAAGGAAACUGGAAAGUUCAUGUCGGCUGAUGGAAAUGUGGAUGAUUUGAAUCUUCUCAGAAUACAAGUUACAGAAGAUAGUAAAUCAGAUAACCAGAUCUGGGUUUAUCAAGAUGGAUUCAUCAAGUGCAGGAUGGCUGAAGACUGCUGUUUGACAAUUGUAGGAAAUCUUAUAACUCCAGGCUCUAAACUAGGCCUAUCAUUCGAGCAGAAUGAAGACAAGCAGAAUUGGUGUGUUAAUCCUGAUGGCAGGAUCCUUAGCAAAAUGAAACCAACGUUAGUUUUAGAUAUCAAAGGGGGUACACAGUAUGAUCAAAAUCACGUUGUUGUGAACACGGUCAAUGAACGGAAGCCAACCCAGUGUUGGGAAGCAUUAGUUCUAUAAAUCCAAACAAGUCCAUCGAUUGGAGAGAUUAUACCAACAUUCCAACUAAUGUGGCAGUCUUCAAAGAAGAGAGAAAUCUGUCCUGUGGCCUUCUCAAUCAUAAGAACAAGCAACAGUUUCAGCUCUAAGUACUAAUUCUAUAAGUUUGAGAGAGAUACUGGUUGUUAACCUACUACAACUAUGUUGAUCACCUCUUGUAACUGUUCCCUGCUGUUUGUUUGUUAAUAGUUUUUUAAAUGUUAAAGUCCUCCCCUACCCAGCAGCAGUUUCAUGUCAGUGAUGAAUUGCUAAUUCAGAAUUUUUUAUUAUUGCUACAGGUGUUUUUAUCAGAAAAAAUAUAAAAUUAUCAUACAAAGAGAAUUAGGUAAAGUUUAUUCCACAAAAAAUUGAAGUGCAACAUAUGAGAGGAGAUCCAAAAUAGAUUGAACUUAGUAGUAGUAUAUCAGAGUAUUUAUCUCCUCAAAAUUAACAUGUAAAUAAUGCAUUGGUACCAAAAAAAAAUCAGUCUGUUGAAAGCAUUUAAAAACUUUAGGGAAAUUUUUACCAAAAUUACUGCAAGUGCUGUGCAGAUAUAUUUUAGUAAAUUGUCAUUUUAAAGUCUGUAUUUUAAUAAGCAAUCUCUUCUAGUUUUUCUAUUAGAGGAUACAAAUCUGUAGAUGGUUUUUAGCAAAAGUAUUGGGCAGCAAAAAAGGUAUGUCCACUGUGAAGAAUUUGCCCAUUUUCUGUUUCUACUUUAAAAAGAUGCCUUACUUUUUUACAGAGUUAAAAGUGUUAUUUACUUACCUGCUUGGGGCAAAUAUUCAAACUUUGCAGUAGCUCUAUUAAGUGCGGUUAUUACUGCUCUUGGAAUUUAACUUAAUACUUUUCUUUCCUUUUAGUUUUAAAAAUCAUCACUAAUCACAGUGGUUCCCAAUCUCUCCACAUACUGUCCUAGCCACUCUCUCUAUCCAUAGAGUUCAUUUCAUUCUAAUCCAUCAUGAUCUUAGCAUUCACCAAACAUUUCUGAUGAAGUCCAGGAGGGUUAGAUCAAUGGUGCUAGGCUGUUACAGCAACACUAUUGUAGCUAUGCACUGGUGCUGAAGACACAAGCUUAUUGCUGAGGUAGGGAAAAGAACUUGGAGACAUUCAUACUACAAGGGUAAGUGCCAUAUAAGAAUUUAGAUACCUUAGUUCCAGUGAUGUAUACUGUAGGAUAGGAACAACACCUUAGCACAAAGCUUGUUUCAAGAGAGGACAAAAACAAGUGAUGCACAUGAAGUAACUUGUAGGUUGUUCUUGUGUAUUAACUUUUGCCUCUCUUGGCCCAGUAUUAGAAAUGUGGUUUUAUUUUAUAUCAUUGGCAGAACAGAACAGUGAAUGUAAACUCUUGUACCAUGCUGCUAUAUUUCAUUCUUGCUUAGAACCAGUGUUAUGACAAACCACUCCUAGUAGCCUCUGGGGGCAUUUGCUAGACUUUGUCUUGCACAGUAAACCUAAGAGAAUGUAACUUUCUUUACUGUAUGUUGCCUUGCAGGAUACUGUGCUCUAUUUUUUAUCAUUACCUGUGGGGAAGUCUUAGUGCCUUCAAUCUAAUUUUAAGUGUGUGGGUUUUUUCCACUUGCUGUACAGACAACUGCACUAAUCAACAUUCAAAUACAUCUUUCUCUUUAAAAAAAAAAAA